AUGAAUAAUUAUGAAAUUGGCAUCCAAAGAUUUAUUGAAAAAAUAAGAGAACAAAUAAGAUUAAAAGAAAAAGAAUAUUUAUAAAUUGAAAAGGCACUUAUUCACAAAAUUGUUCAUAAAUCACCAUAACCAGCAAGAACAAUUGAUUUAAGACCUAAUCACUUUUUAGAUGUUUCAAUAAAACCAAAGCAUGUUAAACCUAAAUCAAACCCAAAUAAUUUAAAAACUUUCGAUGAAAUGGAACCAGAUGUUUUACCUUAUUUAUUAUAACCUUUACAAACCUAACAUCACAAUAUUAAUAAAAGAAUAUCUCUUAAAAUUCCAACAACAAUACCAGAAUAAUCAAAAAAACAAGAAAAGAUUGAAAAUCUACACCUUCGAUAAUUUUAUAGAAAUUGUACUCCUAAAAAAUGGACUGUUGAGAGUUCAGAUGAGAUUUAAAUUUGA